GCAGCGAGCCAGGGCUGAGGCGAGCGGGCGGGCUCGGGGAGCCGAGCAAGAGCCGAGCCCCCCAAAAUCCCCCUGCACCCCGACUAUGCUAAAUGUAACCGGGGAGCUCUCAGGUGACUCUUGGGGGAUCUUCACCUUCCUGUGCGCCGCGCUUUGCAACCUGCCGGCGCUGCCGGCGCUGAACUGCUCCGAGGAGCUGGGCGCCGGCCAGUCCAUCCAACAGACGUACGACCUGACCCGCUACCUGGAGCACCAGCUCCGCACCCUCGCCGGCACCUACCUGAACUACCUGGGGCCCCCCUUCAAUGAGCCCGACUUCAACCCCCCGCGGCUGGCACGUGCCGAGCGGGUGCCCAGCGCCACCGUGGACCUGGACCUGUGGCGGGGCCUGACGGACAACGCCCGCCUGGCCGCCAACUACCGGGCCUACAGCCGCCUGCUCUGCUACCUGCGCGUGCUGGACGGGCAGGUGGGCACGGCCGAGCUGCGCCACCGCCUCGCCCACUUCUGCGCCAGCCUCCAGGGGCUGGUGCUCAGCAUCGGCGGCGUCAUGUCCUCGCUGGGCUACCCGCUGCCCGCCGGCCCCGCCGGGCCACCCGCGCCCCCCGGCGCGCCCGCGGCCCCCAAUGACUUCCUGAAGAAGAUGGAUGAUUUCUGGCUGCUGAAGGAGCUGCAGACCUGGCUCUGGCGCUCGGCCAAGGACUUCAACCGCCUCAAGAAGAAGGUGCCGCCCGCAGUGGUCACCCUGCGGCUGGAGGCGAGGGGGUUCUGAGCACCUGCUGGGCUUCCGAGUCCACAGUGCCACCACGGCCACGCAGGUCCCCUCUUCCACCACCAGUGUGCCUUGAGAAAUGGGGCUCUUGACCCCCAAACCACCCCACAACCUCAUCAUCACCUGGCAGUGCCUUGAAAGAUGGGGCUCCUGACAUCACGUGCCACCACAGCCACCCUGCAGCCCCUCUGUCAUCGUCAUCAUCAUCAUCAUCAUACUGUGCCUUAAGGAACAGGGCUUCUGACCCCAAAUGCCACCACGGCCACCCCAUGUUCCCUGUCUACCACCAGUGUGCUUCGAGAAAUAAGGUUCCUGACACCCAAGUGCCACCACAGACACCUCACAAUCACACUUUAAUCACCGUGCCUUAAGUGAGGGGUUCCAGACCCCAACUGUCACCACCAUAGCCACCUCACGUCCCCUCUGUCACCACACUCUGCUGUAAGGGAUGCGUCUCCUGACCCCAAGUUCCACCAAAGCCACUCCACGUCCUCUCUUCACCAUCAGUGUCCCUUCAAAACUGUCUCCUGACCCUGGAGUGCUGCCAAGGCCACUCCAUAUCCUUAUCAUCACCCAGCUGUGCCUUAAGGGGUGGAGUUCCUCACAGGUGCCACCACAGUCACCCCGCAGCCCCUCUGUCACUAUGUUGUGUCUUAAGGGACAGGUGUCCCGACUUCCAAGUGCCCCUCCAUGGUGCCCCCAACCCCCAGGGUGCCUGUCCCCAUCCCUAAAAUCUCCAGAGUGGGUGCAAACCCCGCCCAUCCCAAAAAGGACCAACGCCCUCUGAGCAUAGGAAUAAACCCCGCCCCAGCCAGCAGCAAGCCCCGCCCUGGAGCAAUAGGCUCCGCCCCAGAUGGCAAUAAGCCCCACCCACUCUCCUGUGUAGCAAGCCCCGCCUCCUCCCUGAAACAGGCCCCACCCCUUUAGCCCAAGUCCCGCCUCCCCCAUGGUUGCCCAUCGAUGGUGGGGCGAGGCCAUGGGGCGCGGCCGCUGUCCCGGUGCGUCUAUGAGUGUUUAUUUAUUGGAGAUGUUUAUUUAUUGGGGUAUUUAUUGCAGAAGAUCUAUUCUUGUAUGAACGAAUAAAAGCCUUUCUCCAGCCCCCUGCCCCGCCCGUGCCGCACCCAGGUGGGGACCGGGGAGAACGGCUCCGUGUGGAAUUUGGGAUGUUCCCAUCG